AUGGGAAGUAGCGCCAGUGUCACACAGGAUCUGAUGGAUGAGCGCGACUUUGAAUUUCUUCUUGGGCAGUAUGUCGAGGUGACGAAUGCCUUUGGUGCGCCUAGCAUACUGUUCUUACCCGAAAGUGAUCUAUCUGGUGCGGCUCGAUAUCGACCUGUUAAGGAUGAAGUGUUGAAAGCGCUUGAUUUAAGUCGCCGACACCGCAAGGAGGACGGUUACUUGUUUUCUGCACUGCAUCUCGAGCGGUUCUUCUACCGCGCGCUGCUUCACGUUUGUCGCACGACGGAGGAGCCAUUUGAAUUCAUCCAAAGCGUCCGCCGUAAUUUCCGGACAAGGGUCCAUGUAGAGCAGUUGAGCGCCUUCUUGGAUUUGGCCGGGUCACGAACAUGGGACGAUCGUGCGGAAUUCAUUGCGUCGACUAUCUUACUUGACUCCUACAUCCCGGGAGAGCACUUCUUUAGCCCUGCCGCCGUCUUCGACUCCCUCUACCGCGCCCCUUGCCAGAACGCCCUAGUCGCACUCGGUUUACCAUCGACAGAUUGUCAGUUGAUUGAGUAUCACCUGGCCCGUUUUUAUCAGCGUCUACUAUUUGGACAAGGGCCACCACGCCGUAUUCGGGAAUCAGUCCUCUCCCAAUGGAGAGACCUCCUGAGUAACACAUAUACCAACCGUACAUGUCUUGCGUGCCUCACAGGGCCACCACAGCACGUUCUACGAUGUGGUCAUGCGUACUGCGAUGCAUGUGUUGUGGCAUAUGGCCAACUGAUCGAGGAUGCGGAGUAUAAGUAUUUGAUCGGCCAAUGCGUCCUUUGUCAAACUGACUGCAAUAAUUUGAUCCAGAUCCUGCCUCCGACCGCAUGUGUGCGAGCUGUCACAGUGGAUGGUGGUGGAGUGCGAGCCUUCAUUCCACUCCGGUUCCUCUGCUAUAUGCAGGAAAGACUUGGAAAAGAAUGCCCAAUACAAGAAUUAUUUGAUGUCGCCUUCGGCACAAGCUCGGGUGGCUUUGCUGUCUUGAAGCUUUUUCAUCAACGUCAGACUGUGGAGGAUUGUGUGCACGCGCUCUCCGAUAUGAUGUGGCGGUUCCUUCGACAGCAUCCGCCGCCACGAUCUGCCUGGGCGAAAGUUUCUCGGGCCCUCCACUGUUGGUGGACUGACGGUUGGUACAGUGCGAGCGCCUGGGACAAGCUGCUUCAGCAGCAAUUUGAUCCUGAUCAGGACAUGUUUGGGGUUCAGCCAGUGUCAGGGAUCAAGGUUGCUGUCACUACAACGGCCGCUCACCCAGUACUUUUGACCAAUUAUCGGCGGGCCCCUGACGCGGCCGACGACGGGGAACGAGUGUACUACCAUGUCCAUGAGCCAACGAAUAAUGCCGAGGAGCCCAAACUGUGGCAAUGUGCUCGUGCGACAACCGCAGCCCCGGUUUUUUUCCCGCCAAUUGAGAUUCAAGGGGUUGGUAGCUGCGAGGAUGGCGGCUUGAAAUACAACAAUCCGGCACCAGUCUGUCGAUCCGAGCUCCAGUUCAUGUGGUCCUCUAGGUCCGAGCCCGGGAUCAUGGUAUCUCUUGGCACGGGAUCAGCCGCCCUCGAUCGUCUUCCUGCCACCUCACAUCAUCGCGACCGCCGUCGACGUUGGCCAAGUGGAUUUGCCUUCCGCCUCUACGACUCGUUGAUGGCGUCCAUGGAUGCCGAGCAAGCUUGGCGAGGUCUGUUAGGACAGGUGGAGGAGACAGCAAGGCAGAACUACCGUCGGUUGAACGUGGAGUUUCCUGGCAAAGAACCCUCAUUAAACGCGGUCGAGAAGGUGCAGUGGAUGACUAACCUCGCGGACAACAAAGCCAAGGUGGAGGUCCCAGCGGUCUUGACAUCCCUUUUACUCGCUAGUCUUUUCUUUGAAUUAUCCUGUGCGCCGCGCUGGGUGGAUGGGCACUAUCAUUGCAGUGGAACAAUACGUUGCCGCCUUCCCGGCCAAACCCUUGUUGAGGCCCUCCGAGGACUUCAUCCAGAGGCCUCCGCCUCCACGUACGUCAUGGGUAUGGACCGACUGGGCAUCUCACCUUAUGACGAAGCCGUGUGCCGACGUUGCACGAGGUACUGUGUCCCCAUUCAUUUCGUGGUCAGGGAGUUAGACAGCCCAAUAGUAUUAUCGCUGCAACUUACCCGUACCCAUCGCGAAAAUCUAGGCGGGUUCCCGCUUACUUUGCGUUGGUUUUUGGAUCAACAGGGGCUAGAUGCGGUCGGCCACACCUCCAGCUUGCCAAGGCUCCCCGCACACACAGGAUGCAAGUCCUGUGACGCGCGAGUUCAGCGUAAAAGCGCAUUGCAGCCCCACAGCCGUCACAAGAGAAGAGUCCGAUUCAUUUAG